GUUUCUCCUGUUUCCUGCUGCGUUUUCUUUAAACGGCUCUGUCCCUGAAGCCAGCGUUGAUACGGAUGCUGCAGCAAAGCCAUUGUGAACAACUUUGUCUCUGUGUUCUGAGACUUGACACGAUAUGAGACACUGCAGACCCACAACACAUCAUGAGCAUUCAGAGUUUGGGAGGAGCAUUAGGAGAGUCCCUGGGCUCUAGCCUGACUGUGCGUAUGAGUGGAGCAGGUUGUGGUUGGAGUGCUCUCUCCCUGAAACCUGCACCCUCGGCACGUAUCGCCUCAAUUUUCCAAACUAUGGUCCCGACUGGUUAUACCAAACUACAGGAGGAGCGACUGGCCAUGGGUGAUCUGGGCACUAAACCUGAGGCUGGCUCGCAGAAUGGUUACAGGCAAGAGGCUUCUCAUAUUGAAGGCAGACGGAUCCUCGAGCGGACAUCUCGAUCCUCUCUAACUUUAUCUGACAGUGGUGAUGGAGGCUUCUCUGAGACUGAGCCCAUGCUCGCCGACGGGAGACUGUCUGGGGAGGAAGCGAGUAAUGAGGAGGAAGAUGAUGAAGGAUCAGACGUGCUGAAUAUGCCAAAGGAGUCGCCGCUUGCUAUGGCUCUGCAGAUUUUGGUGCCUUUUCUUUUAGCAGGAUUCGGAACUGUAUCUGCUGGAAUGGUGCUGGAUGUUGUUCAGCACUGGGAUGCGUUCCAGUACAUCACAGAGAUCUUUAUCCUGGUUCCUGCGUUACUGGGUCUGAAGGGGAACUUGGAGAUGACUCUGGCCUCGAGGUUAUCUACAGCGGUAAAUGUUGGUAAGAUGGACUCUCCCAUAGAGAAGUGGAAUCUAAUCAUUGGCAACCUGGCACUAAAGCAGGUCCAGGCCACUGUGGUUAGUUUUUUGGCAGCUGUAGCAGCUGUGGUUCUGGGCUGGAUACCAGAGGGGAAGUUUCAGAUGAGCCACGCUGUUUUGCUGUGUUCAAGCAGCGUGGCCACGGCCUUCAUAGCCUCCCUGCUGCAAGGUAUCAUCAUGGUUGGAGUAAUUGUGGGUUCUAAAAAGACGGGCAUCAAUCCAGACAAUGUAGCCACACCCAUCGCAGCCAGUUUUGGUGACCUCAUAACAUUGGCAAUCCUGGCCUGGAUAAGCCAGGGCCUCUACAAAUGCCUGGACUCUUACCCAUACGUGUCAUCGUUGGUCUGUGCCUUCUUCAUGUGUCUGACUCCUCUGUGGAUUAUCAUCUCCUCCAAACACCCAGCCAGCCGCACGCUGCUCUACUCCGGAUGGGAGCCCGUCAUCACAGCCAUGGUCAUUAGCAGCAUUGGAGGGCUCAUCCUGGACAAAACUGUCUCUGACCCAAACCUAGCUGGAAUUGUAGUAUACACUCCAGUUAUCAAUGGUAUUGGUGGAAACCUGGUGGCCAUUCAGUCCAGCAGGAUAUCCACCUACUUACAUUUCCACUGUGCUCCUGGAGAGGUUCCUGAAGAGGCCAAGGGCUGCUAUUACCCCUGCCGCACAUUCUGUGGCACAGGAGCAAAUCAUCGCUCUGCUCAGGUUCUCCUGCUUCUUGUGAUCCCUGGCCAUUUAAUUUUUUUGUACACUAUCCACCUGAUGAAAAGUGGCCACACCACCUUGACACCCGUCUUCAUGUCAGUCUACCUGGCUGCUGCCUUGCUACAGGUGAGCUCUUUUAUGACUCAAAUACUAAUGAUUUUUUUUCCAGUUGUGCAGUGGAUCAUCUGCAUCUUAUCCCACACUCCCAGCAUUGUUCUCUCUGCCUGCUACCUGUCACCGGCCUGGAUGCGGGUGUUCGCCCCCACCCCUCCUGCUUCUCUCGUGAACCUGCAGAGCUUGAAGACGCUGCCCCGGGCCCUAGCGCCCGUCAGUUUACAUGCUGCGGUUUCUGCCAGGAUUGGCCUGACACCUGGGUUGAGGCUGAUGACUCCAGUGUUUUUGUUGAACUUCUACCAGACGGCUGCUCUUAUCUAA